AUGGACCAGCAAUUUUCAUUGUCCUGGAACAAUUUUCACGGGAAUCUGACAAAAGGAUUCGCCGGUUUAUUAGGGAAUGGCGAGUUUGUUGAUGUAACAAUUGCCGUUGAUGGCCAUCUAUUACAAGCACAUAAAGUAAUAUUGUCGAUAUGUUCACCAUAUUUCAAAAAGAUGUUUCAAUUGAAUCCAUGUCAACAUCCAAUUGUUGUAUUAAGAGAUGUGACACACAAAUCAAUGAGAGACUUGUUACAAUUUAUGUAUCAUGGAGAAGUUAGCGUAAAGAGAGAAGAUCUCACUAGUUUUAUAGGCACUGCGGAAGCAUUGCAAAUCAAAGGAUUAACUAACAAAGAGACUGAUGAAGCUGAUGAUAAAGAUGAGAGAGAAUUAGCUAAGCAUAGAACAGACAGUCAAAACAACACACUUGAAGUUGAAUCAUGUGUCUCAGAUAUAUAUGACACUAGUGUCAAUGAGGAAUCAAAUCAACACAAUGAGAUAGAAUUACAAAAACAAAGGCAACUUAUUGAAAAACUACAAAGGCUCAGUAAUCUUAAAAGGAAAUCUGAUGAGUUUUUACAAAAGAACUACUUAACAGAGAUAAUUAAUCCAGAAAAGAGGCCAAAAAUCAAAGAAAAGUUAAUAUGCAAACAGAGUAGUCAGAUUUUUCAAACCAACAACUUUGAGAAUGUAAAAAAUUUGUAUGAUGAAAACCCUGUAAACAUAACAACAACUUUAAACACACAAUUACUCAAAGUUAACAGUGAAGAAUUAAGUGAUAAAAGUAAAAACCAGACAUUGCAUGAGAGUGAAGUAGAAUUAAAAACAGAAUGUGAUGACAGUGAUAUAAUAGUGACAGAUCCUGCUGUUUGUUCAAGUCUGAAAAACUAUGAAAGUUCUAGAGAUGGAAACAAAGAUCUAUCUGUCACAAUGGACUAUCCAUCUCCACAGGACAAUACCAGUUUGAGUUCAUUUAUGAUCGACCUUAAAAACUUAGUGAAUGGUAAGGUGACUAAUAACAUGCUGAGAACUAACACAAGCGAAGAGUACUCUAGACCUACAAUGGAACAUCGCCUUGUAACAAUCCCACAAAAGGAAGAUGGAAAAAAGAAAUACCCACAGCGCUCAUGUCGCCUGUGCUGGAAAAUCGGAAGACGACGAGAUACUAGAUUUAUGUGUAGUGCUUGUGAAUUACCUUUCUGCAAAUCACCUUGCUUUGGAAUUCAUUUUAAUGAUAUACUCAAAGUAUCACAGCUGCAAGCAGAUUAUUAUGCAAAUUAA